GGACUCUAAGUUCUGAGUCAUGGACACAUCAGGGAAGUCUCUUUUGUCCAAGUGGUCACUGAAAGACACUGGUAUAAAAUCUAGCUUAAUAAGCACAAGUUUACAGAGCAAUGUGUCAGCUGGCUUAAGUUCAGGCUUAGAAAGCAAGCUAUCAACUGGACCACCUGGAGGAGAUAGUUUGUCCACUACCAGAAAGAGGAAACCACUCACCAGUAAAUCUUCCAUCAAAGACAAGAAACCAUUAGUGGAAAAACCACAUCUCAAAAGCUCUCUGUUGGGAUCCUCGUCUCUGUUAACAAGUGGAAGCCUGAAGAGCUCUCUACUGGGUUCAUCUUCAUUGAGUUCUAAGACUCCUCCACCCGGACGCAGCCAUAAUGUGAUACCACAGUCAAGACCAUUAAGUAGUUCUCUUCUAGGAAAUACAGCCCCCUCUAGGCUCCUGUCUGGGUAUACAUCCUCAGCCAUUUCGUCUACUUUAAGUACUGGUAUGUCCCAGCAUGGGCAGGAUGGAUACUCAACCAGUCAGAAAGUGUCUGCCUUGUCACAUGCUUCCGUUUCGACCAGUCAGCAACCAGUAAGAGGAGUGUCUCUAAAGUCCAACAUUUUAUUGACCUCAGGUAAGCUGUCAACAGGUCACUUUGACACAAAACCUACAGGCACCAAAGAAAAAUCAGGUCAAUCACAAAUGAAACAGAAGUCAAAGAAACGAGCCGCAGAAGAAAGAUUUGAAUUCGAUAAAUAUAAGGCCAAGGCCCCUCGUUAUGAUCUUGGGAAGGUAAUUCCAGAAGAAAAAGGAGUAGAGGUGCCAAAGUUUGUGAAUCCAAGCAAGGAUCCCAGUCUGAACAGACCAGCUAUUCCAAUGCAUGAUGUCAAUGGCUUAAAGCUGGCUCUUAUCAAUGCUGUGAGUGGAUCCCUGAUUUGUCAGCCAGACUUCUCCAAGAGCAAUGACCUCACCAGGAGAGCCCUGUCUGAGAUGUCAGAGAGGGUCGUGGCCUAUGACCCAGAGUUCAUUCUCAAGGUUGCUUUGUACACAAGAAAGGAACUAAACAUCAGAACAACAGCAAACUUCCUUCUGGCUCUCUGCUCAAAUGUAGAGGUCUGUCGGCCAUAUCUAAAGAAGUACUACUGUGCUUCCAUCCAGCUCCCAUCUGACUGGAUAGAGGUGGCAGAGAUAUAUCAGGCCUUCCAUGACAGAAAUUUGUCCCACGGCUCUCUGCCAGCAGCCCUACGUAAAGCCAUGAUCAUGAAGUUCCCCGAGUUUGACCAGUAUCAGUUAGCAAAAUACAACAAGGAAAGCUCUAUGAAGAAAAAGAAGAAAAAAGAGAAGAAGGAAGCCUCUUCAGUCAGAGGUCGCGGAGGGCAUGCUGGGGUCAGAGGACGGGGAGGUCGUGGUGGGGUCAGAGGCCGGGGAGGGUAUGGUGCAUUUAGAGGUGGAGGAGCCAGUAAUGUGUCAACCAAUCAGAGAGACAGGUGGGAUUCCGAUAGCGAUGAGGAAAGUGAUGAAGGAGAAAAUAUCCAUCGUCAGCUGAGUGACGUGGUUUAUGAUGAAGAAGAUCACACACAGGAGGAGAUGGAGAAAAUCAAAUUCUCCAUUAAACAAUUGAUCCGUAAACUUCACAUCAUCGAACCAGUGGACCAUGUCAUGUCCAUAAUCGGCAAAAAAUACCCAGACACCCUAGAGGCAUUUUACAAAUCUCGACUCCCUGGGGAAUGGGAUCAGGAUAGAGCUGGGAAGAGGAUGAAGCUUCCCGUUCCUGAGACAUGGGAAACACAGGUGUCCCUCAAAGGGAACAAAGCCUCUACUUGGGAGGAUCUCAUUGAUCACAAAAAGCUGCCAUUUAUGGCUAUGUUGAGGAACUUAAGGAAUCUGAUCAAAGCUGGAAUUUCCCAGAAACACCAUCAGCAGGUUCUCCGUAGACUCACUGAUGAGAGACAAGUUGCCAAUAGCAAGCAGUUUCCCUUCCGUUUCUUUUCUGCCUAUGAAGUUCUAAGUGGACUUGAAAAGGAAUAUGAAACAACUCAGAGGAAGCUUGUGGAGCAGGCUGAGAUGGAAGCCUCCGGUAUCUCUGGGUCUCGAGCCCCUGUGAGGAGAGGAAGAGGAAGGGGUCGGGGCCGGGGACGUGGGGGGAAAGGAGAAAAUUGGUGGAUUGAAAAGAAAAAUAAAGAAAAGGAAGAAAAAAAGAAACCAAAAGAGACAGCCUUUGACAAGGCAAUCAUCAAUCGUUACAAGAAAGCGCUGGACACAGCGGUCAAGAUAGCCACAGUGUACAAUGUCCAGCCAAUCAGGGGCCGAACUAUAGUGCUGUCUGACUGCAGCGAUAGAAUGAGGGUCAAUUGUACUGCUGCCAGGGGCCUUGGAAAACCUAGAGAGAUGUUAGAGGUGGCACUGCUAAUGGGGCUGAUGUGUAAAUACUCGUGUGAGGAGUGUGAGUUUGUCACCUUUAAGGAAACCACCUGGGAACAAGCCAGUGUGGAGCCUGGAACCAUUUUAGACAAUCUAGACAACCUGCUGAAAAAGAUAAAUUUCCCAGAUGUCAGUGGAAAGACAGAAAAAAUGCCAAAUGGGUUCCCAGAGUCCAUUCUGAUGGAGAAACUUAGAGAUAGAAUACAGGUGGAUAACAUUGUUGUCCUUUCUGGGGGAGAUCUUGCCGCCAGUCAGCAGAAAAUUCUCUCUAAUUUCCUGAAGAAGUACCGACAGAUUGUCAACCCUAACCUUCUCUAUGUCAACAUCUCCUUCGCAGGAAAAGGCUGUGGUUUCUCUCAGUCUAUCAAACCUGAGCAUGAUAAUGACAUCUACAUCUCUGGUUAUAGUGAUGCAAUUCUCAGGUUCAUAGCAGAGAGAGGGGAAGGUGGACAGUUAAUUCAUGUUGAAAAAAUUGAUGAGGCUUAUCAGCUGAAACCCCUGGCAGGAGUAGCCUUAGAAAACACAAAGACUGUCCCUGUUUCCAAACCAGAGAAACCACUGGUUCUGCUCUCAGGAAAACCAAGCUGGAGAAAGACCAGAGUGUUUAUCUCAUCCACCUUCAGAGAUAUGCACGGAGAAAGAGAUGUCCUGACUCGCUUCGUCUUCCCAGAACUCCGAGCACUUGGAAGGAAGCACUUCAUUAACAUACAGGAAGUGGAUCUAAGGUGGGGAAUCACAGAGGAGGAGAGUAACAGAGCAAUUGAACUUUGUCUGUCAGAAGUGAUGACUUGUGAGUUCUUCAUGGGCAUCCUGGGAGAUCGCUAUGGUUACGUUCCUGAUAACUACAAUGUACCAGAUAUGGAGGACUUUGAUUGGCUUAAGACCUAUCCACCAAAAGCUUCAGUUACUGAGCUAGAGAUGCACUUAGGUGCAUUGUCCAACCCCAGCACACACAUGGGAAAAGCUUUCUUCUACAUACGUGACUCCAGCUUUGAGAAGGACCUUCCAACAGAGCUACACUCUGAGUUUAUGACAGAGAGUCCCCAGGUUCGAGGUAAACUUGAGGAUCUGAAGAAUCGGGUGGAAUUUAGUGGCUUUGAAGUUUACAAAGGGUACCCUUGUCACUGGGGUGGAGUUAUCAAUGGGAAACCAAUGGUAGCGGGCCUGGAGAAGUUUGCCGUCCGAGUUCUUAAUAACCUGUGGAAUGCCAUUAAGAAGGCAUACCCAGAUGAGGAGGCCAUUUUGGAUGAGAACAUACAUAUUGCCAAGCAACACGAGGCUGUGGUGGAGAGCCACAAGGAGAAGUUUAUUGGUCGGAAAAAACUCAUCAAGGAAUGCGUGACACACAUCAUGGAGAGAAAAUCCAACAUAAUCGCACUGAAUGGCAAAGCUGGGACUGGGAAAACUGCACUUCUGUCAGCAAUUGUCCACAACUACAUUGAGAACCCACAGUGUGAUGGUGCUCACUCAGUUCUGGUUCACGUGGUCGGUGCUGCCCCCGGCUCAACAAACAUUGUGGCUACUCUGAGGAGGUUGUGUUAUGAACUUAAGAGACAGUUUGGUGUGGACACUGAGAUUCCCGAGGACUUCAAAAAUUUGACCCAGAAGUUCAGUGAGUUGCUGGAAGAGGGCGCUGCAUCAUGCUCUUCACCCUUGGUGCUAUUUAUAGAUGGCCUUGAUAUGAUGGAAAAUACCCACCAACCUUACAACUUGGAGUGGCUGCCUCAAAACCUAUCAAAGAAUGUGGUGUUCGUGAUGACAACAUUGGAUGGUGGGAAGUGUCACAGAUCACUAAAGAGACGACCUUUCACAGAGGUCAUUGUAGGUGGCCUUGACAUGUUUGACAAGGCAGAGGUUGUCAGGAACAAUCUAGCAGUUUACAGGAAAAAGCUGGAUGAAUCUCCUUUCAAAAAUCAGAUGAAGUUCUUGAUGGGGAAGAAGGAUGCUGGGAACCCACUUUUCUUAAAGUUGGCUUGUGAAGAACUGAGGGUGUUUGGAAAGUUUGAAAUGGUGACAAGUAAGUUAAAAUCCCUCCCUCAAACUGUUCCCCAGAUGUUACAGGAAGUCCUUGGCCGCUUGGAGUCAGAUUUGGGUCAGGAGGUUGUAUCCUUGGCAAUGUGUUUACUAGUCUGUAGCAGGGAUGGCCUAAUGCCGGAGGAACUCCACGAUCUUCUGAGCCUCCACGAUCUGCUGGACACCACUAAAUACACCGCAGAUGAUGUCUUUAAUGUUCUCCUGUCCCCAGACAAAAUGAUGCCUGCUGCAGUUUUCUCCCACCUAUGCAGAUCACUACAGACUUUUCUGAAUCCACAUGAAAACACGAACACCUGUUUGUCUCUUGCACACCUUGAUGUAGCAGCAGCUGUUAGAUCUCGGUACAUGAAGAGUUCACAGGAGAAGGAGACUGGUUUACACCGGCUGAUAGCUGGUUACUUCCUUCAGCUGGUAGAUCCAGAACAUGAUGGAUCAUACAGUGGAAACAGCAUAAGAGGAUUCUCGGAAUUACCUUAUCACCUGGCUUAUGGAGGGGAGUUCAAGGUUCUUGCUCAGGUGCUGUGUAGUUUGGAAUUUAUCAGCAACAAAUGUCGACUCAGUCUUGGAAAGAUUCUGUUAGAGGACUACCAAGAAAAAGAAUUCACCAACAAAACAAUGGAGCGUGAACAGCAAAGAAUGCUGGGAUUGCACCAUUUCCAGGAAUACAAGAUGUUUGUGUCUCGCAACAUUCAUCUUUUAAAUGAGUAUCCAUCUUUGACAUGGCAGCAGGCAAUAAAUGAUAUUAGAGACAGUGAACCUUACAAGGAUGGCAUACGAACACUGGACUCGGCUAAGCAUCAGUCUGAGAUGUACUUCAGGUGGUCCAACCGCCCACAAACUGAGGAUCCUAACUACCUGACACUCAGCAACCUUCCACAGCCUGUGACCUGUGUGGCCAUUAGUAAGGAUAAUGCUUACUUUGUAUGUGGAGGGCUUGAUUGUGUUGUUCAUCUUCAUGAUUUGGAGACAGGAAAGGAAGUAAGAAGUUUCCAUGGACACGCUGAUGUCAUCACUGACGUCUGCUUUGCUGGGAGGACUCAUGUCUGCAGUGCUUCCCUAGACAACAAUAUCAGUGUGUGGCACUUAGAUGAUGGACACAGGGUACACAUAUUAAAAGGACACAAGAGAAGGGUUCAGUCUAUCGCCUCAGAUGUGUCUGGCAAAAAUCUGGCAUCAGCAUCUUGGGAUUGCACCGUCAAAGUGUGGAACGUCACCAAAGGGGAGUGUGUGUGUGACCUUAAAGUUGGCAGCCCUGUAAAUGCUGUAUCAUUUCACCCUGAGGGUCAGCUGAUUGUGACUGGAAUGUGGGACUCAACCCUCAAAAUCUGGGACGUCUUCCAUAAAACCAGAAGAGCAGUACUGAGAGGUCACAACUCCUCUGUCCGAGACGUGGCAUACUCUCCCUGUGGUCGUUAUAUUGCCUCAGCCGCCUUAGAUGGUGAUGUCAAAUUAUGGGAGUCUCAGAAAGGAACACAGGUAGGAAAUGUACGAGGUCAUGCUUUGCCAAUCAACAAGCUCACAUUUUCUCCAACAGGAAAAAAUCUGAUCACAGUCAGUGAUGAUCACAAAAUCAAGGUAUGGUCAGGACACAUGGGAAAGCCCCUCCAUUGUUUAGGGAAGGAGAAUGAAUUCCCUGUGAAGUCUGUGGCCCUCUCACCUGAUGGGGAGACUCUAGCUGUAGGGUACCAUGAGGGAUUCAUUCGAUUCUACGACGUAUCUACAGGGUCUCUCAUGAUCAGUUCCCACCCACACUCAGCAGCAGUACGCCGAUUGUCCUUUAGUCCCUGUGGAACUUAUCUGGUGUCGGCGUCCGCAGACUGCAUAGCAACUGUGUUCAGUAUGCCAAAUGGGGUUGUGACUGCCACGAUAUCAGCUGGCAGUCCCCUCAUGUGUGUGACAGUCUCCAAAAAUUAUAUUGCUAUUGGAACAGAGGACAACCAGUGCCUUUUGUAUCCCAGUGUCAACAGUAGAACUAAGGGUGGACAGUUAAAAGUGAUGCUGACCCUACGAGGUCAGACUGGGCCAAUCACAAGCUGUACUUUCAAUGCAGAUGUCUCCAAACUGGCUACUGCUAGCAGAGAUGCUUCAGUGUAUAUUUGGGAUGUACGAGGCUGUCUUCUUGACCCCACUAACCCUGCUCCUGUCCAGAAACUUCAUGCCUGUCAUUCUGACUGGAUCACAGAUUGUCAGUGGUCAAACAUCGGAAAUUUCCUUGUGACAGGGUCUGUAGAUUUCAAUCUUAAAGUUUGGGAUGUGAAGACUGGGGAAGAAAAAUUCAAGCUGACAGGUCACAUGGCCUCCAUCACCUCUGUUAGAUUCAGCUAUGGUUGCAUUGUCUCAGCCUGCAGUGAUGGUUCAGUCAAGGUGUGGUCCCAGAAAGGUACAGAAAUCACCACGCUACACGGACACACCCAGUGUGCUAACGACUGUGCCCUCGUGGUUAAGGUGUCGGAAUCCUCAGAAGUGGACGAGGAGGAGGAAGUAGUCAGCGAUUGGUCAGCCGAACCAAAAGAAACCAAGCCAAGCAAGAAGAAACCAAAAAUAGACAUGGAGGAUGUACUUGUGGCCAGCUGUUCAGAUGAUGGUACAGUCAGACUCUGGAAUCCACUACAGGCAAAUGAGUUGGCUAACUUGACUGGACAUGAUGACCGAAUCUUAAGUGUUGCCUCAGAUUCCCAUGGUAACCUGUGUACGAGUUCACUGGAUAAAUCAGUCAGACUGUGGAAACCUACUCUCAGUUCUGAGACAGUGUCCAGUUGUCAUGACGCCCCGGUGACCUUCACCUCUGUCUCUGGUAACAGUCUACUAACAGGAAGCAGGGAUGGUUAUGUUAAGUUGUGGAGCAUUUACUCGGAGACUGGGGACACUCAACUUGUACAGUCACUGAAGGUUCAUACUAAGUCAGUAAAUACAGGCUGUUUUGUGGGGUAUGAUGAUAAAAAGUUUGUAACAGGAGGGGAUGAUGAAAUGGUAUACGAGUGGAAACAUCAGGGAACCAAAAAGGGAGCAGCCACAUUAAUAAAGAAGGUCAACAGUUACAAGAUGAAAUCUCCAGUGAUGUGUGUCGUGUGGCACAACACGGCCAAGGCUAGCAGUGGUCAUGUGGUGGUCUGUGCAGAAUGGGAGAGAGCCAGAGUGACCAUCAUCAACACUGACCAGACAACACCACUGAAAUCCAUAUAUCUCGGGUCUGUUGACGAUGGAAGUUGGAUAAUGAACAUGAUGUUCCAAGGCCAGGAAUUGAUAGCCAUGAUGUCAGACUCUAUGGUGCAGGUUCUACAAUUAACUGGCUCACUUGCACCCAGGGGAGUUUGUGGAUUGAGUGUCACUAAGAAAACUGAUGUUAAAUGUGUGGCCGACAUAAAGCAGGGAGUACCAGAACAUAAGCGUGGACUGAACAUGGUUCUGUGUGGUGCAGUCCUCGGUAAAGAAAUAAAAUUGUCAGGCAUCACAGAAAAGCCUCGCCUACUCGGAGAUUGUAAGGGCCAGCUGACCAUUCUGUUCCAGGAUUCUAAGCCUGAAUCAUUGAAGAUACAUGAAAGGGAUGUGACCUGUGUCAAAGUUGUGGAUGGCUUAGUGUUAACAUCAUCCUUAGACCGAUCAGUGAAAGCCUGGAAGAUAGACUACACCAGAUCUUACACAAAGCCGCAACAGGUGUUGACUGAAGGAUUGGAACAGAUGGGUCUGUUUCUGUGUCCAGCACCAGUGACCAGCAUGGAGAUUGUGGAAAGUUCCAAUCAUAAGGAGCUUUUUUGUGGAGAUGAGCUAGGAAAUAUCCACCUCUUUGUGGUAAAGUGUCAGGGAUUGUGGUAGUGUAUCAAGGAAUUGUGGUAGAGUAUCAGGGAUUGUGGUAGAGUAUCAGGGAUUGUUGUAGAGUAUCAGGGAUUGUGGUAGAGUAUCAGGGAGUUUAACAGGUGAAAGGUUGUGAAGUUCCAGGGACUUGGUUAAGCUACUCAAACAACUACAAAACACUGUAGCAAUUUAUAGCAAUGCCUAUUUUAUGACAAAGUCUUAAAAUUUGUGGACAGAAACUUUUUUAACAAAACAUAUAUGAGUCCUUUGUCAAACCUUCAUUAAUCACACAUAUUUCUUAAUUAUGUAUUGAGAUAUGAAAAUUUCUAAUCUUAAUGGAGAUAAAAUUGUAUGUGUCAUGAAUUCAUUUUAACAUCAAUUAUCUACAUGUCUUUUUUUUAAUUGUAAAUAGCAUUUUUUUAUUUAAUAUGCAUAAUUACAUAAUGUACAU